AGUAAAAACGCCCUGAAAGUAGUAGAACAGAGACGAAACACAUAAUCUAAAGGCGUAAGACGAUUAAUACUACAAUGGAACAAGUUAUACACCCUCUUUCUCCAGCAAGUCAGCAACAUAAUUCAAAGUCUAUUACAUUUGUCAGAAAUGUCUCCUGCACCAUAUUUGGCUGUACGGCUGGUAUCUUGGGUUUAACUUCGUACCAGGGUUUUAUUUUCUAUUUUUUGUCUUCUCUGCUUGUUUCUACACUUUUAUUUGUCUACAAAAUGAAGUGUCAGUUGUCCGAGUAUCAUCACUCAGGCUUAAAUUUUUGGUUCUCAGAUUUAUUGGGAGGUCUAUCGUCUUACAUUCUUACAUGGACGCUGUUUUACAGUUUGAUCUAUGUGUACGAAUAAAACGGAUAAUGUAUGAACUGAACCCUUGGCAAAACAAACCGCAGAACUGCACACCUUUGCACUUUGCACGUCUAAAAAGAUGAAUAAGAAACUAAAUGAAUGUGCUAUUAUUGGGUUGGCAAUAACUAGUAUACCAUCUUUCUCUAAAAGGUACAAGGAGCGCCAAUGCAAUGAAGGAGCAUAAGAAUAACGGGCUCGCCUGUGUCAUAAAAAAUAUACACGGAUAUUAACAAUGGCGACACAAACUUCGUCCAGAAUUUAAGAACCAGCUCUUAAAAAAAUCUGUACAGCCUGGACGUAUUAAAUAAAUGCGGAAAUGGCAAGUGACGAGAAACUCAUAUAAAUGUUCAAUACAGCAUAAAUAGAGAAGCCUGUUUUUUCAAAGUGGAUAGAUGAACUUCUUGUUUUCUAAAUCCGUCAAAUCCAACAUUGUGACAUCGAUUUCGGUCCGAAUAGGAUUGCCAUUCUUGUCCACAGCGUCGACAAACAUCUUGUUGUCUGCCUCUGCUUUUUCGGCUUGCAGUGCGCGACGUUCGUUGUUACGACGAGCAAGAAUAAAACGAAUGACAAACAAAAUAAUCGGUGUAAUUGUCCAAGCGACAACAAUUUGAACGAUCCAAGCAGGAUAAUAACGUGGGGAGUCGCGGCUUUGCCAUAAUUGAGGACCGAUAAUAUUGGCAACAGCAUAAGCGAUCAUAUACAUUGCACUUCGGGUAAGCUUCUUUGUGUAUCCAGCCGUCGAAGACAUAGACCAACCAAGUGCAAUGAUAUAGGUAAUGCCAAAUGGAGAAGCCAAAAUGAUACCCAGCAAAAUGCCCAACUUAUUUGACCAGGGCAAAGCGACAGCUACAAUACCACCUGCAAUAGCAGGCAAGCACCAAAACGAAGCAAAGAUGGCACUUUGACUGCGGAAAAUGCUCAUAAGGAAAGUCGAUAUGAUACAGCAGACAAUAUCAAAACCAGCACUGGCGACACCAACCAGAGUUGAGUUAAGGUUCGAGAUAUUGAGACUUGUGAAAAGCAAAUUCUGUUGAUAGGCAAGAUUGUUGGAAAGCAUCAGCGUAAAAGAUUGCACGGCAAACAGCCAGGAAAUUGGAUCUCUUAAAGCUUCAUAAAAUUGCUCCUUCUUGAAGACUUUUUGCUCAAUACUGCUCUUGGUUGACUCCUUAACACGAACAAUGAUGCGAAUGCGUUCUGUGCGUGUAAGGAAAUGGGCUGUCAUAGGGUUGUCGGGAUAGUAGAAAACGGCCCAGAUACUGAGGAAGAAUGUGAAACCACCGGUGAUGAACAUAAAGAUUCUCCAAGGAUGAAGACUUGAAUUAAUGUAUUGCACACCGUAGGCAAUAAAACCAGCAGGAAUGUUGCUUCCCAAACAGGAGACCCAGAAAAUGGGUUGCACCAGGGCCUGCUCCUCAAGGGUGAAAAACAUAGACAUUGUAGCUUCCCAUAGCAGGCACUAAGCAAGACUCAACGACACCAAGGAAGAAACGAAGAGCCAUGAGGCCGCCAUAAUUCCGCGCUGCGCAAUGGACCAAGAUAAUGACUGCCCAUGUGAAAAUAGUGAAACUGACAUACUUUCUCAUAGAACAUUUCUGCAUCAAUACAUGGCCAGGCCAUUGGGCAAUAAUGUAACCAACGUAAAAGAUAGUGUUCAUGUUGUUGUACUGGUCCGAAUUGAUGUGUGCAUCCUCAAACAAUCCCAAAAUACUUGCAUAACUUAGAGUAGCCUUAUCAAUAAAGAGCAUUAAAUCAAUGAUGAAGACAAGACCAAAGACAAA